AUAAUGCAUUACAUGUGUUUACUUUCGUGUUGGCUAUUUGAAGUGAAUUUUAUCAUCCGUAAAAAGUGUUCCUGAUGUUUGUUAUCAUCAAUUCUUCGCAAAAUGAAGAAUACUUUUGAAACAAGCUUUCAUAAAAUACUGUGAUGCCUUCUCAAAACAGUAGCAUCUUGGCUUCAGCAUUCAUUGACUGUGUAACGAACAAUCCUAUCGAAAAAUUGGCUGAAUUCAAGCAAACCAAACAUAGUUAUAGCUGUGAAAUUAAUAGAGCUUUUGAAAAUAUGAAUGUUGUGUCACACGAGCAAGCAUGUGACAUUAAUGAACAUUUACCUAAUCGUGAAAAAACCGAUUGUUAUCAGGGAAGUGAAGUAUCGUGUAUUGAUGCUAACGUGAAUGUUUACACUGACUCAGGUUACCCUACGAAUUUUGAGCGCCUCCCGUCAACGCAACCUUACUUAGAUCAGAAUCCUGAUGUAAAUCUGCUGUUUGAAAAACUUUCGAAAAAAACUGUUCAAGAAUUGAGUCAAUAUUCCUUGAAAGAGAUUAAAAUUCUUCAUGAACAUUUAAUGCAUUCUGUGGAAGAGGUUUCCAGCAAAUUGGUGCAAUUAUUACUGGAAAAUGAUGCACUUCAAGAAGAAAGUGAUGCAAGAAAUGUUGCAAUUGAACAGCUUCUGAAACUGACUGUCAAAAAUCCUGAAAAUGAAGGGAAACCUGUCAAGAUGUCGAUACUCUUACCCCCAAACGAUUGUGGUGAUGAUCUAUGUUAAUAUAUUCUAUUCAGUAAGGAACUUCUCUAAAAUUUGAAUUGGUCCAAAGUAAAAUAUUAACAACAGUCUAUGUUAGUUAAAUCUAAAUCAUGAACUAAGUUUUAAAAAUUGUAAGAUUAUUUUUAUUUAAAAGUAAUAACUUCAGACUUGAAAACCAAUUAUAAUUGGAAUUUAUUAGGCAACCCAAAUGUUUGCUCACAGGUGCUAUUAAUUAAAGAAAGUUAUAAAAUUAAGUGACUGGCCACUGAAAGUAGGCAGAAAAUUAUAAAUAAUCAAGCCGAGACAGCUGGUUGCUAAAGGUAGUUUUUUUCCCUCAUUAUGUGGGCGAAAUUGUGCACGUAACCAAACCAACUGGUCAUCAGUUUUUAAAACAAUGUAAGGGGCAUCACAAUAAAAUUUUUUGAAAAAAAUCCUGGAGAGUUAAAGGGAACAUUAUUUUUUAGUAACUCAGACUCCUUUCAGUCUGCCUGCCCUCCUUCCUCCCUAAGUCAGCCCAUCUCUACAACCUUGUCUGUGUUUACACUUUUUUAGAUCAAUUUAUAAAUAUCUAUGUGAUUUCAAAUCUGCAUGAAAACUAUACAGUUAAUGUUGCCCAAACUUCUCAACUCUAAUAUGCCUUUAUCACUGUGCAUAUUACACAGAAAAUCUGGUUAUUGCACUUUUCUAAUGAAAUCAAGCACUGUUUUCUGCUAAACAUAUAUGUAAUGAAUAUUUUCUAAUUUUAUACAGUCGAGCCUAUCUAUCUCGAAUUUUAUAGGAUGAAAGAAAAAUCCUAGAAUGAGGAUAUUUUAAGAUACAGUGGUUUUGAUCAAAUUAUAAAAGUGAGCAAUUAGAACAAAGUCAAAUAGUUGACAGAUUCUCUUUCAUUAUUAUUAACAUUGAUACAUAAUUUUUUUUGAUAUUGAACACUAGCAAACAUACUCAACAUUGCCUGGGUCAGUAAUAACAUUAAGAAACAAUUUAUACUUUCCUUUAUUUAUUUUUAGCUGUGCCCGGCGGUUUCACCUGCAUUAAUAAGACAGCAAUGUAUUAAAACACUAUUUUGAGUACAUCCUGUUAUGAUAUAUAUAGUAAAAAAUUACACACCCAUAUCCACAUCGAUGUUUUCCAUUAAAUAAGAAAAUUGGAAAAAAGAUGUUCAAUGAAAAAUAAUUGAAAACCCUUGAUUUAUAAAUUAAUUAAUUUUUAAAUGAGUCGGGUAAUAAAUGCUCAAAUUCCUGCCCCUUGUACAUAGUGUUCCCUAAACUAUACUUCCCCUAAGAUUCAGAAGGUAAUGGCUGCUGGUAUAAGAAAAAAAAUAUAUUUUGCUUCAGCUUAUACUCAUGACAAAAAUGGUUGGGGAUCAAAUCAAAAAAUAGGUUCACCCAGAAUUUGAGAUUUAGAAUUCUGGAGAAAUUUUUUUAAAAUUAAACAUGGAAAAAUUGCUGACAAAUACAGAAAAAUUAAGAAUUUAUGACUUAGGAAGGUUUUUGAGAUAAACAGGUUCAACUAUAUGAUAAGUGGAUUUUUUCAAAUUUUGAAUAAAAUGCGUUAGUAGUUCAGAUCCUUGGUAGGCUUACAUUGAAUUUUUUUUCUAAAUCAUGCUGUAUGGCAACGCCUACUAGGAACUAUCCCUGGCUCCAGAACAGAGGAGAGUUUCUUCUACCAUUUUUACUGGUUAUCUCUAAAUUUUUAAUUUUGGCACUUGCAUUCCUUUGAUUCACACUAUCUCAUAUGCAUUUAAAUGACUUUAAGUGUAUGUACCGCUCAAAUUCAGCAGCCAAGUUUUUUGUUAACUUGUGUAAAUAAAUUAUGUCAUUUAGUGUCAUGAAAUUUUAUGAAUGACUUAUGAAUUCGAAAUACAUCACAAGUGUUGUACAUGAUUUUUAUUUUUUAAAAAUAUAUUGUAGCUUUUAGUAUGGGCUUCUGCUUGUGAGUGAAAUGUAUGAUAGCCUGUGUACUAUAAUGACUUUUAUACUUCAUUAUUUACCCAACACUAAACUGGGACAAGUCAAACCUUGGUUAAAUGAUAAACUUUUAUCCCAGAGUUGUCAUCUCAGUUUUGGCAGAAGAGAAAAGUUCCUACACCUUGUAUAAAUUUAAUUUAUUGAGUUAUAAAAUUCUGUUUCAUUAUUAUUAUUGUUUUAAACUGUUGAACGCUCUUUAAAGCAUUUACAAAAAAAUAAAGAUCUACACUCCUUGAAAAAAUCUGUAACAUCGUGGUUUAAUGAUCUUUUAUACAGGAAAAAAAUUUUGCUGGUCAAAAAUUUAAUAAUCAACUUUUAUUUUGGCAUUGUACCCAACUCAACUUCAAAGCUACAUGUGUAACACUGCACCAGCAGUGUAAAAUACAUUAGUAGAAGCUGAGGAUUCCCCCCCCCCCCCCAAAUGUAUUUUCGUUGCAGCUAAAAAUUUGUAGAACAAUAGUAUAACUUCAGAAAUUAUAAUUGUCACUUUAGGUGCAAAGAGCUUCACAGUUAGCAAUCAUUUAUUUCUAAUUCAUUGCAAUGUUCUAUGUGUUUGGAAAGACUACACCAUAUUAACAUGGGUGAUAGACAUUCUUCUUGAUAUAUACAUAAAUUUAAAUAACAUACUCAUUUUCUCAUUGCUUUUAUAUUAAUCUUAUUAUGUAGAUGCAUUUAAUGAUUUAAUGAGCUGCCUUUUCAUUUGCACAAGUUCAAUGUGCAACACAGCUGUGUAUACAAAUAGUUGUUCAUUAACCAAUACAUCUGGAAGAAAAAUGCAUGCUAAAAAUUGUGAUGUGGUGUUUCAAGAUGAAGAUUUCAUUUUGCUAACUUUGUUUUCUAUUUUAAGUUCUUCCCAAUUAUAAAUGUUUUGAAUACAGUCCCUUGGAUAGUCUAUAAAUUGUGCUUCACUGUUUAUCUCACAUUUUUGCUUAUCUAUACGUGUAUUUAUAAGUACUCAUUUCAAGACUUGCAGAUCAGUAAAUCAGUAUUCCAUCCUGCAUUUAUCAAUCAUCAUGCUAACGCAUUUUUUUAAUUUUUAUGGUGGGCGGGGGAGUUGCUGCAAUUAUUGCUUGGUUUUCAAAUCUUAAUUUUAACCAUGGUUUUUUUUUAGACCUUUAGUUGCAACAAAAACAAUCUCCUUUCACUUAUUACGAGGAGUUAUGUUUCUACAUUUGAAUGCAAUGUAAAAUUUUAAUAUUAACUUGUGAUUGUCUUGUAUUGCAUACAAUAUUGUAAUUGUUCUGUACUACAUAGGUAAAUGUGUAAUGCUGAAAAAAAAUGGAAAUGUGGGGAAAAAAUUGGGAAACCUUCUUACAUUAGUUUAAUAAUAACAGUUGUAUGUCUAUAACUGCAUUACCUGACAUUGCACAGGUUAUGUAAAAUAUUGUGUUGGUAGAGAAAUCUAGUAGAAAAGUCAUGUCCUGUGGCAUAUGCCCAACAUUCUCUCCUGCAUUAAAAAAAAGUUAGGAUUUUUUGAGGGGUUUUUACCUUUAGACUGAGGUCUACAUUUCUUCAAAAUCCCUAUUAGAGUAAGAUCAACUGUUUCAAAAUAACAUCAACAGUACCUAAUAUUAGCAAUCUCGAUAGUAGAGACUGUUGACUCUACUUUAUCGCGUUAGCCCCCCGUUUUUUUUUUUUCUUUUAAUAAUUUUUCAACUUUAGAAUGUGCAGAGAAUCCCAAAAUUUUCGGAAAUUUCAGAUCACCAAAACCCCUGCUAUGCCACCAUGUGGCAAAAUUUUAAUUUUUGAAGAGUGCUAGACCUGAACUUAUGUUCCACAAAUAUUUUGCUGCAGUUUACAAUUCUGAAUUUUUCAAAAUAACAGGAGUUAUGAGUUUUUUGCACAACAGUAUAAUAUUAGUUGGUGAUGGGUGUCCUGUUAUGCAAUGUUAAUUGGGUUUGUUAAUUGCACUAAAAAAUUCAUCAGUGAUAAAAAUGUUUAUCUGUUACUGCCAUCUGUCUUAAAACUAAAAUGAUAGAAAUCUGGAUAAAAAGUUGUCUGCAGUUAAUUCUUCUUUAGUAUAUUGUUAAAACUCAAAGAAAAAGUUCAGUAAAUGUCUAUUAUUUACCAAAAAUUCUUACCACUUCGUGGGAAGAAAAUCUUUUUAAGUGAUCAUGGCUAAACAGUAUUACCAUAGUGUUCUUAAACAUGCGAGUUCUGAAUUAAUACUUUGUGUUCAUAUGCAAUGGCCAGUGUUGAAUAAAGCAUUUAUUUUUUAUC